UGUUGGGAUAGCGAUAACGAAGUCUCCAGUCUCCACGUGUUGUCACUGUGGUGUAUUGACAUUUCUUUACUAUAAGCGUCUAUGGCAUAUUCAUAGCCUACGUUUUUUUUAUUAUUAUUAUUAUCAUUACACCGUGGUGUCUCAUCGUGUUCAGUUAGAUUUCGCUUGCUCUUGGAUCUAGCCAUAUCUGGUGAUGAGGCAGAGGUUACUGUUCGUGCUAAGGAUAAUAGAGGUUUUGUUGUGCGAGAUGAAGGAAUAGGAUCAGGACCAAGGGUACGUGACGUCGUCCGGAAAGGGACUCAAAAGUAAUGUCGAAGGAGUUUAGAAGUUGUGAGAUAUUUCACACCAGAGAAGCACUGGAAAAGGAAGAAUGAAGAGUUUAGGGGUAAUUAUUUGCCUUUGGGUAUCUGUCAUAGCUCAAGGUCCCGAGUUGUGCACCCUACCCUCAGGAGAGCAAGGAUCGUGUGUACUAUGGAAUGCUUGCUCUCCUUACAAGGAACACAUCAACGCGGGCAUGGAUAAACCAGAGAGCGGAGAAUUCCUAAGACGACGAAUCUGCCGGUAUGAUCCACCAGAUGCAUGGCUAUGCUGUCCCUCUGUCGAAAAUACCCACCCUCAGGCGGCGACCUCUAAGUUCCCAUCACCCGUGACACCUCCAGGAGAGGACGAGUGUGGGUUGCCUCCACGCAGGAACACCAUCAAUGAGCCAGGCGCUUGGCCUUGGCUAGCAUUAAUAGGCAGCACCCAAGUGACGGGAAGCUUCCUUCCAGCGUGUGCCGGGGCGCUCAUCACUCGCAGACAUGUGCUCACAGCGGCCAGUUGCUUUCCUUCUGACCUUGAUAUCGCCUACCUACUAAAGAAAAUAACAGGAAAUAACCUUCAACGUGUCUUGUAUGUGAGGUUGGGAGAGUAUCGUAUACAAGAUGACAGAACUGGCGAACGGCCUCAAGAUUACCGGAUAUUGCUCCUUAACACUGAUCGAUACAAUGCUGUCACCCGCGAAAACGAUAUCAUUAUCUUACCUCUUGAUCGGGAUGUUGUUUUUACAGAAAUGAUCUAUCCAGUGUGCCUCCCUUUCUCCUUCGGUGGUCAAGACUUUACAGGACAAAGGAUGACUAUCGUCGGAUGGGGCAGAGUUGAUCCUGGAUCAAGAGAAACUUCCACAGUGCCCAUCGCUGCCAGCGUACCCGUGGUCAGUCAGCUUACUUGUGCUCAAAGUUACAAGCGCUUAGAUAUCAACAUUGAUGACAGACAAAUCUGUGCUGGUGACGGCGACACGGAUGCCUGUAGUGGUGAUGGAGGAGCUCCUCUGAAUUACUACAGCCCUGAGAAGGACAGAUACUACGUGAUGGGCCUGGUAUCCUUCGGCGUGGGAUGCGCUCAUCCGGAAUAUCCUGGAGUGUAUACUCGUGUGUCAAGCUUCCAAGAAUGGAUCAAAAAGAGCUUGAACUGGGAUUGAACGGGAAUGACGAGGAUUUCACUUUGGAGGAAAUCUGUAACGUCUUUUGAUUUGUGUUUUCAAGAUGGAGGACAGAGAUUUGUUAUAUUUGAAAGCUGACAAAUUGAUACUGGAAAUCAAAUAAGUCCUCAUCUAAAUCAUCUGAAAUUUGAUAUGCCAAUCUUUUAAGUUUGUUAGGAAGCUAGUGAUUUCUAUAUGUGUAUCAUGAUAAACUACAAAGUAAGUAGGCAUUUCGAAUGGAAGGAUAAAUUGUUAAAUUCCCCUAUAUAUCUUUCACUUUUGGCAAAAGUAUCUAUUAUAAAUAAGCAAAUUUUUAAAUAGUAGUAUUUGAAUGUCUCCUCAACAUUGUAGUAACUGCACAACUAUACACCUUUUUUUAUUUAUCCUUUAAUUAAGAGACGUUUCCUGACCGAAAGGGGAAGUUUUUGUGCGUAAUGAGAGAGCGUUCUUAGUCAUAUUUUUGUUCUUAUGUUCCAGAGAGCCUUUUCUCUUAUUGCUCAGCAGAUUACCUAAAAGUGCUAAAAUAAACAUUCCUGAAGGUAAAGUAGUAUUAUGAGUGUUUUUGUGACCAUAAAAUAAAUAUAUUCAUUUAC